AGCUCGUUCACUUCCUGGUGUGAUUGGUUGGGGGGUAACGGAGCACCAAAAAUGGCUUUCAGCAACCAAAAUUUGUUUAAUUUUCAAGUAAUAUUGUGAAACAGUAAGAGAUUUUUUUGCACGAAGAGACAACGUGGAGCAGGUGGCAGUUUAAGCGGGCAGCGUUAGUUCCCUUUUCGUGGGCUAGCGCGCGUUGUAAAUAUUAGCUCUGUAAGCUAGCUUGCAAAAAUGGCCACUAUGGAGAAACUGAUGAAAGCGUUUGAGUCUCUAAAGUCCUUCCAGCAGCAACAAGGACCACCAACCGCCGAGGAGCUUGUGCAGAAGCAGAAAAAGGAACAGGCUACCACCAAGAAGGACAGGGUGACUCACUGUCUGACCAUAUGUGAGAACAUCGUGGCUCAGUCUUUGAGAACAUCCCCGGAGUUCCAGAGGCUGUUGGGCAUCGCCAUGGAAAUGUUCCUGCUGUGCAGUGACGACAGUGAAUCAGAUGUCCGCAUGGUAGCUGACGAGUGUCUGAACAAAAUCAUCAAAGCACUGAUGGACUCCAACUUGCCUCGACUGCAGCUGGAACUCUAUAAGGAAAUCAAAAAGAACGGUGCCUCUCGGAGUCUGAGAGCGGCUUUAUGGAGGUUUGCAGAACUUGCCCACCUCAUCAGACCACAGAAAUGCAGACCCUACCUGGUCAACUUGUUGCCGUGCCUCACCAGAAUCACAAAGCGGCAGGAGGAAACUGUGCAAGAGACGCUUGCUGGAGCAAUGCCCAAGAUCAUGACAGCCCUGGGGCACUUCGCCAAUGAUGGCGAGAUAAAGGUUCUGUUGAAAGCCUUUAUGGCCAACCUGAAGUCGAGCUCUCCCACUAUCAGACGCACAGCAGCUAGCUCAGCUGUCAGUGUGUGCCAACACUCCAGACGCACCAGCUACUUCUACACCUGGCUGCUCAAUGUGCUGCUGGGUCUGUUGGUUCCUGUGGAUGAGGAGCACCCCAGCUAUCUAAUCCUGGGGGUGCUGUUAACCCUUCGCUACCUGAUGCCUCUGCUGCAGCAGCAAGUCAACACCACCAGCCUCAAAGGAAGCUUUGGCGUCAUGAGGAAGGAGGUGGAUGUGCAGCCAACUCCUGAGCAAUUACUUCAGGUGUAUGAGCUGACCCUGCACUACACGCAGCACUGGGACCACAAUGUGGUCACAGCUGCUCUGGAGCUCCUGCAGCAGGUGUUUAGAACUCCACCGCCAGAGCUUCUGCACAUGUUCAUCACUGCAGGAAGCAUUCCUCAUGCCACUGUGUUUCGCCAGGACACAGAGAGUCGUGCACGUUCCGGCAGCAUUGUUGAGCUCAUCGCGGGGGGAGGGUCUUCCUGCAGUCCGCUCCUUCUCAGGAAACAGAGAGGUAAAAUGCUUUCUGGGGAGGAGGAAGGAUUGGAAGAUGACCCCGAGAGGACAGAGGUCACCGCUGGUUCUUUCUCAGCAUCAGUGGUUGGCACAGAUGGCCCUGCUGCGACCCAGGUCGACAUCAUUACUGAGCAGCCACGCUCCUCCCAGCACUCCUUGCAGCCUGGUGACUCUGUAGAUCUCAGUGCUUCCUCAGAACAGGGCGGAGGUGGAGGCGGGACAUCUGCUUCAGAUACUCCCGAGUCACCCAAUGACAAUGAAGAGGAAAUGCUUAGUCGUAGUUCCAGUGGCGGUGCAAACAUUACACCAGAGACGGCUGAAUAUACCACACCAGAGAACCCCAUGCCAGAGGGAGGGCCCCUGGGAGAAACUGCAGCCCUUCUUAGCACCAAUGACCGCUCUCUCCCGCCCAGCGACUCCUCCCAGACCACCACAGAGGGGCCGGACUCGGCUGUCACGCCCUCCGAUGUGGCAGACCUGGUGCUUGAUGGCAGCGAGAGUCAAUACUCUGGCAUGCAGAUUGGAACACUACAGGAUGAAGAAGAUGAAGGAGCACCAUCUUUGCCCCAUGAGGAACAAGAACCAUUGUUGCCCUCAGCACUGGCUCUGAGCAAGCCCCAUCUCUUUGAAGGACGAGGACACAACAGACAGUCAUCAGACAGUAGUGUAGACCGCUUCGUACCAAAGGAUGAAACUGCUGACCCAGAACCCGAUAACAAGCCAUCACGGAUUAAAGGUCCCAUUGGACACUAUACAGACCCGGGCGUGGAGCCGCUAGUGCACUGUAUUCGGCUUCUUGCUGCUUCCUUCCUGUUGACAGGAGAGAAAAAUGGUCUGAUCCCUGACAGGGAGGUUCGGGUCAGCGUGAAGGCUCUGGCAGUCAGCUGUGUCGGGGCAGCAGCGGCUCUGCAUCCCGAAUCCUUCUUUAAUUCUCUCUAUUUGGAUCCGCUGGACGACAUCCGAGUUGGAGAGCAGCAGUUUAUCAGCGAUGUUUUGGGCCUCAUUGACCACAGCGACCCCCAGAUCAGAGGGGCCACAGCGAUCCUUUGUGGUGCCAUUGUACAGGCGGCACUCACUAAAACACGUUACAGCAUGCACACCUGGCUGGCCAGUGUGCAGAGUUCAACAGGUAACCCUCUGUCCCUGGUGGACUUGGUGCCUUUGCUCCAGAAAACGUUGAAGGAUGAAUCCUCUGUCACUUGUAAGAUGGCAUGCUCUGCAGUGAGGCACUGCAUCAUGACCCUGUGCUGUAGUACACUCAGUGAAGUGGGCUUGCAGCUGGUGAUCGACCUGCUUUCUCUGAAGAACUCUACUUACUGGCUUGUACGGACCGAGCUCUUGGAGACCUUGGCUGAAAUGGACUUCCGGUUAAUUAAUUUCCUGGAUCGGAAAACUGAGGUUUUGCACAAAGGGGAUCAUCACUAUACUGGGCGACUGCGGCUGCAGGAAAGGGUGUUGAGUGACGUCGCCAUUUGCCUCUUGGGAGAUGAAGACCCCAGAGUGCGGCAUGUGGCAGCCUCCACCGUCAGCAGGCUGGUUCCCAAGUUGUUCUACGACUGUGACCAGGGUCAAGUGGAUCCGGUGGUGGCUAUUGCACGCGACCAGAGUUCAGUUUAUCUUCAGCUGCUUAUGCACGAGGCACAACCUCCUUCUCAGUUCACAGUGACCACAAUAACAAGGACGUACCGAGGUUACAGCCUGUCUAACGUAGUGUCUGAUGUCACACUGGAGAACAAUUUGUCAAGAAUCAUCACUGCGGUCUCCCACGCCCUCGCCUCCUCCACUUCCAGAGCCCUUACAUUCGGCUGUUGUGAGACAUUGUGUUUACUGGCUUCAACGUUCCCGGCGUGUUCAUGGAGCACAGGCUGGCAUUGUGGCUAUGUUAGCGCCAAUAACAUCUCUGCUUCCCACUCUAGCCUGAACCGCAGCAGGGGCAGAGCCCUUAGUCUUUCACAGUCCAACAGUGCUCCAGCCUCUUCAUCGUCCUCAUCUGCACCGGAAACUGAGCGGAGAACAUUGACUGUGGGAAUGGCCAAUAUUGUGCUCUCUUUGCUCUCCUCUGCCUGGUUCUCUCUGGAUCUCUCUGCACACCAGGAUGCCCUGCUGGUUUCUGGCAACCUGCUUGCUGCUGUGGCUCCUAAAUGCCUGCGUAACCCAUGGGUAGGAGAUGAGGAAGGUGCUGGUGGCAGCUCUAACCCUGGUGGACCUCCUAGUAAGAUGGAGGAUUCCUGGGCGGCACUAUCAGACCGCUCUAUGGCUGUCAUGGUGGAGCAGCUCUUCUCUCACCUGCUGAAGGUCCUGAACAUCUGUGCCCACGUUCUGGACGAUACUCCACCUGGGCCAGCAGUUAAGGCUACCCUCCCCUCCCUGAGCAAUACCCCCUCCCUUAGUCCCAUCCGCAGGAAAGGCAAGGAGAAGGAGACUGCUGAGCUCAGCUCUGCCCCGAUGAGUCCAAAGAAAAGCAGUGAGGUCAACACUGGAAGAUCAGCAGAUGGGACAGGCACAGCAGCUGUCAACAAAUCUACCACCAUUGGUGGUUUCUACCACCUGCCGACCUACCUCAAGCUCUAUGAUGUUCUCAAAGCUACGCAUGCUAACUACAAGGUAACUCUGGACCUCCACAGUAGCCAAGACAAGUUUGGGGGGUUUUUGCGUGCUGCUCUAGAUGUUCUGUCUCAGCUGCUGGAAUUGGCGACGCUACAUGACAUCAGCAAAUGUGUCGAAGAAAUUUUGGGGUACCUCAAAUCUUGUUUCUUCAGAGAACCAACCAUGGCGACCAUUUGUGUACAGCAGCUCCUGAAGACUCUGUUUGGUACCAACCUGGCCUCCCAGUACGAGGGCGUCCUGAGUGGACCAAGUCGUUCCCAGGGCAAAGCGCUCCGUCUGGGCUCAUCCAGCCUGCGUCCGGGCCUCUACCACUACUGCUUCAUGGCCCCGUACACUCACUUCACACAGGCGCUGGCAGACGCCAGCCUGCGAAACAUGGUGCAGGCUGAGCAGGAGCAGGACACCUCUGGGUGGUUUGAUGUCAUGCAAAAGGCUUCCAUCCAGCUGAGGUCCAGCAUCACAAAUGCAACACGUCACAGAGGCGACAAGAAUGUAAUCCACAAUCACAUUCGACUGUUUGAACCGCUGGUGAUCAAAGCUUUGAAGCAGUACACCACCAGCACCUCCGUAGCCCUGCAAAGACAAGUACUGGACCUACUGGCCCAGCUGGUGCAGCUCAGAGUCAAUUACUGCCUACUGGACUCAGAUCAGGUAUUCAUAGGCUUUGUUCUAAAGCAGUUUGAAUACAUUGAAGUGGGACAGUUCAGAGAUUCAGAGGCCAUCAUUCCCAAUAUCUUCUUCUUCCUGGUGCUGCUGUCUUAUGAACGAUACCACUCCAAGCAGAUAAUCAGUAUCCCCAAAAUCAUCCAGCUGUGUGACGGCAUCAUGGCCAGUGGAAGGAAGGCUGUCACACACGCCAUUCCUGCCUUGCAGCCCAUAGUCCAUGAUCUGUUUGUCCUGAGGGGCUCAAACAAAGCAGAUGCAGGCAAAGAGCUCGAUACACAGAAGGAGGUGGUGGUCUCCAUGCUGCUCAGACUCGUGCAGUACCACCAGGUUUUGGAGAUGUUCAUCCUCGUCCUGCAGCAGUGUCACAAGGAGAAUGAGGACAAAUGGAAGAGGUUGUCCAGACAGAUUGCUGACAUCAUACUUCCCAUGAUCACCAAGCAGCAGAUGCACCUGGAUUCUCCGGAGGCGUUGGGCGUGUUGAACACUCUGUUUGAGACUGUGGCGCCGUCUUCUCUUCGUCCUGUGGACAUGCUUCUAAAGAGUAUGUUCACCGUUCCAGCCACCAUGACAUCAGUAACUACCGUUCAGCUCUGGGUGUCUGGCAUCCUGGCGGUGCUCCGGGUGCUCAUUUCUCAGUCUACUGAAGACAUUGUCCUGUCCCGGGUCCACGAACUGUCCCUGUCCCCACAUCUCCUCUCCUGCCACACCAUCCGUCACCUCCGUCAAGAAAACAUAUCUCCAAGUGAGCCUCAUGCUGAUGCACUUGAGGACCAGGAGCCAAAUUGUGAAGAACAGAAAGUAGCACCUGAAGAAACCUUUGCAAGGUUCCUGCUCCAGCUGGUGGGAGUUUUGCUGGAUGACAUUUCCUCCAGACAGGUUAAAGUGGACAUUACAGAGCAGCAGCACACAUUCUACUGCCAGCAGCUGGGCACGCUGCUCAUGUGCCUCAUACACAUCUUCAAAAGUGGAAUGUUUCGCAGGAUCACAGCUGCAGCCAGCCACCUGCUGAAGGGUGAGAGCGGUUGUGACCAGAGCGGUCCUGAGGCUGGGUCGUUUUACUCCUUAGAGGGUUUGAACAGCACGGUGCAAAGCCUCAUUACCACCCACCCCUCCUUGGUGCUGCUCUGGUGUCAGGUUCUCCUCAUCAUCAACUACACCAACUACUCCUGGUGGGCUGAGGUGCAUCAAACACCCAGGAGACACAGUCUCUCAUGCACCAAGCUGUUGAGUCCUCACUCAUCAGAGGAAAGAGAAGACAACAAGUCCGAGUCUCAUUUAGCCAUGAUCAACAGAGAGAUUGUACGCAGGGGAGGCCUCAUUCUCUUCUGUGACUACGUGUGUCAAAACCUCCAUGACUCUGAACACCUGACCUGGCUGAUUGUUAACCACGUGCGUGACCUCAUCAGCCUUUCCCAUGAGCCUCCAGUGCAGGAUUUUAUCAGCGCGGUGCAUCGCAACUCAGCUGCCAGUGGCCUCUUCAUCCAAGCCAUCCAAUCACGCUGUGACAACCUUACUACUCCAACCAUGUUGAAGAAGACUCUGCAGUGUUUAGAAGGAAUGCACCUGAGCCAGUCUGGUUCUCUGCUGAUGCUGUAUGUAGAUAAGCUGCUCAGUACCCCCUUCAGAGUUCUGGCUCGCAUGGUGGACACGCUGGCAUGUCGCAGAGUGGAGAUGCUACUGGCUGAAACGCGGCAGAACAGCAUCGCCCAGCUUCCUGUGGAGGAACUGGACAGGAUCCAGGAGUAUCUCCAGACCAGUGGCCUGGCUCAGAGGCAUCAGAGGUUCUACUCACUGCUUGACAGGUUCAGAGCCACUGUUGCUGACACCAGCAGUCCCACCCCUCCUGUGACAUCACACCCUUUGGAUGGGGAUCCGCCCCCUGCUCCUGAACUGGUGGUUGCAGAUAAAGAAUGGUACACUGCUCUGGUGAAGUCACAGUGUUGCCUCCGUGGAGAUGUUUGUCUGCUGGAAACGACAGAACUGCUUACUAAACUACCUCCCUCUGAUCUCCUCAACAUAAUGAGCUGCGAGGGGUUCAACAUCAGCCUGCUGUGUCCAUGCCUAAGUGUGGGGGUGCAGCGGUCAACCCGGGGUCAAGGGUCUUUGCUGUUGGAGACGACCUUGCAUGUGAUGCUACAUCAGAUUACCAAGGUUACGCAGUCACUUCCUGUUCCACACCAGUCCUUCCUGCCACCCUCUGUGUCACAGCCCUACUGGGACCAGCUGGCUGAUGUGUACGAUGAGCCUAGCUUGUACCACACGGUUUUGUCUCUUUGUCGAACACUGUCCCAGUACCUCCUGAGCACACACCAGUUGCCAUCCUCCCUUCAUAUCCCAGCUGAUAAAGAACACCUCAUCACUGUUUUCACCUGCACUGCCACUGAGGUGUUGGUGUGGCAUCUGCUCCAGGACCAGCUGCCCCUGAGCAUGGACCUCCAGUGGGCUCUGUCCUGUCUCUGUCUGUCCCUCCAGCAGCCCUUUAUCUGGAACAAGCUCUCCACACCCGAGUACACUACACACACCUGCUCCCUCAUCUACUGCCUCCAUCUCAUCAUCACUGCAGUGGCUGUGAGUCCUGGAGACCAGCUUCUGCAUCCGGAGAGGAAAAAUGAAAAGGCAGAGCGAGACUCUGAAGGAGACCAAAUGGACUCACCACAUGCAGACUACAUGUGCAAGUGGCAUGCGUGCGAGAUCAUGGCGGAGCUGGUGGAAGGCCUGCAGAGCAUCCUGUUGCUGGGUCACCACAGAAAUGGUGCAAUUCCCGCUUUUCUCACACCAACCUUACGCAACAUUGUGAUCAGUCUCGCUCGACUCCCUCUGGUCAACAGCUACACCCGAGUGCCUCCUGUGGUUUGGAAAAUGGGCUGGUCCCCGCAGCCAAAAGGAGAGUUUGGCACCACACUGCCGGAGAUUCCCGUGGACUUCCUGCAGGAAAAGGAUGUGUUCAGAGAGUUUCUUUACCGCAUCAACACACUGGGCUGGAGCAGCAGGACUCAGUUUGAGGAGACCUGGGCCACUCUGCUGGGGGUGCUGGUCACCCAACCCAUCACUAUGGACCAGGAGGAGGAGACUCAACAGGAGGAGGACUUGGAGCGGACGCAGUUGAAUGUCUUAGCGGUGCAGGCCAUCACCAGCCUGGUGCUGAGUGCCAUGACCCUGCCCACCGCCGGCAACCCUGCAGUCAGCUGUCUGGAACAGCAGCCCCGCAACAAGAGCCUGAAGGCUCUGGAAACACGGUUUGGUAGAAAACUUGCAGUGAUCAGGGGUGAAGUGGAGAGAGAGAUUCAGGCGCUUGUCUCUAAGAGAGACAACGUGUGCACUCAUCACCCGUACCACACAUGGGGCCCUGUACCCUCGUUAUCAGCUGCUUCUGCUGCAGGAAUUCUGAUCAGCCACGAAAAGCUGCUGCUUCAAAUCAACACGGAGCGGGAGAUGGGCAACAUGGAGUACAAACUGGGACAGGUGUCUAUUAACUCGGUGUGGUUAGGUAACAACAUAACACCUCUCAGAGAGGAAGAAUGGGGAGAGGAUGAAGAAGAUGAGACGGACACUCCAGCUCCCAAAUCUCCACCCAUGUCUCCUAUCAACUCCAGGAAGCAUCGUGCAGGUGUGGACAUUCAUUCCUGUUCCCAGUUCCUCUUGGAGCUCUACAGCCAGUGGCUGAUCCCCGGCUCCCCCAGUAACAGGAGGAUCCCAACCAUGCUCGUCAGUGAGGUGGUGCGAUCGCUGCUGGCGGUGUCGGACCUCUUUACAGAGCGCAACCAGUUUGACAUGAUGUUCUCCACCUUGAUGGAACUCCAGAAGCUCCACCCACCAGAGGACGAGAUCCUAAAUCAGUACCUGGUGCCUGCCAUCUGCAAAGCUGCUGCUGUUUUGGGCAUGGACAAAGCCAUAGCAGAACCUGUGUGCCGCCUGCUGGAGACCACCCUGCGCAGCACCCACCUGCCCAGCCGCAUGGGCACGCUGCACGGCGUCCUGUAUGUGCUGGAGUGUGACCUGCUUGAUGACACAGCUAAACAGCUCAUCCCCAUCGUGUCUGAAUACCUGCUGUCCAACAUCAGAGCUGUCGCUCACUGUGUGAAUCUACAUAACCAGCAGCAUGUGCUGGUGAUGUGCGCGGUGGCCUUCUACAUGAUUGAGAACUACCCUCUGGAUGUGGGCUCAGAGUUUAUGGCAGCAGUUAUUCAGUUGUGCGGCGUGAUGGUGUCGGCCAGUGAGGACUCGACUCCUUCUGUCAUCUAUCACUGUGUUCUGCGUGGCCUGGAGCGCCUCCUACUGUCAGAGCAGUUAUCCCGCUUGGACGGAGAAGCGCUGGUCAAACUCAGUGUGGACCGAGUCAACAUGCCGUCUCCUCACAGAGCUAUGGCUGCACUGGGACUCAUGCUGACCUGCAUGUACACUGCGGUGCUAAUGUCGGGUUCGGCGGUGACUGGGGUUAGAGGUCAGGUUGACUCCGGCUCUGCCGAGGCGGUGGGCGUCACGGCCGGUCAUGUUGGUUUCUCCUCAGGCAAGGAGAAAGCCAGCCCUGCCAGCCGCCCCGCCCACUCCGACCCUCAGGCCCCAGACAGCGAGUCCAUCAUCGUUGCAAUGGAGAGGGUCUCUGUGCUCUUCGACAGAAUCCGGAAGGGUUUACCCAGCGAGGCCCGCGUGGUGGCCAGAAUCCUGCCCCAGUUCCUCGACGACUUCUUCCCGCCACAGGACGUCAUGAACAAAGUCAUUGGCGAGUUCCUGUCCAAUCAGCAGCCUUACCCACAGUUCAUGGCCACUGUCGUGUAUAAGGUCUUCCAGACACUUCACGCCACAGGUCAGUCAUCCAUGGUGCGAGACUGGGUGCUACUGUCUUUGUCCAACUUCACUCAGAGGACACCGGUGGCCAUGGCGAUGUGGAGCCUUUCCUGUUUCUUCGUCUCCGCCUCCACGUCCCAGUGGAUCUCGGCCCUACUGCCGCACGUGAUCAGUCGGAUGGGCUCCAACGAGGUGGUGGACGUCAAUCUGUUCUGCCUGGUGGCUAUGGACUUCUACCGGCACCAGAUUGAUGAGGAGCUGGACCGCAGGGCUUUCCAGUCGGUCUUCGAGACCGUGGCGUCACCAGGAAGUCCAUACUACAAGCUGCUGGGCUGUUUGCAGUCGAUCCACCAGGACAUGACGCUGUGAGGGCGGCGGACUCGGACUCACGUUCCUUCACGAGCAGAACGAUCGACCAGAAGUUCAAACCGCGGCCGCAUUCCCCCCACGGAUCAUUCCUGCGGACCGUCGCCGGCACCUUCAGCACUUCUCUCAGCACCUUGAUCCAUGUAUAAAGCAAACAUUAAUCAUCCGCAGAAAUGGGGAAUUAUUUUGUUCUGAGAACUCACUUAAAUAUUGUGAUGUCACUGAAGUAAAUUAUAGAAAAUCCAUAGUAUAAAUACUGCGUUUUCUAAAUUAUGAUUGCAUCUAUUUUUAGCAGGUUUUGUUCAAGUUAAAGGUCAAAAAACGUGACGUGAGACAGAAACGCCAUCUUAAUGUCUAUAAUUUGUAUCUUCCAGGAAUUUUUUUUUUUUUUUUUUCCUUGUGGGU